AUGACAGAGGAGGUGGAUGCAGCAACAUGUGGUUAUUAUUCACCUAUACGCCACACCUACGCGCAAACACCUAGAAGGAAUGUGGGACCUCGGGAAGGUUUUUGGGAGGGUGCUGCCGAACCGCUGGCGUUGCAGCAGGAGGCGGGCGAGACCUCGCGCCCUUCGCCGAGGCAGACGCCAGCGGCACCAUCGGCAGAGCCCCGGCCACCCGCCCGCCCCACUGCCGGCCCCGCAGCGCCGAAGGAGAAACCCCUGGAAGAUGAUGAGUCCCAAAAAGUCCUGACGAAGGGUCCCUGGCCUGAGCUCACAGGCGCUCCCGAAGCUGUGACAUGCCAGCCCCAGGUACGAGCAGCCCUGCAGCCCCCCAGCCCCUGCACCCACCUGCUGCAGAACGGUGCCGGGCGGGGGCCGGAUCCGGGGAGCACCAACGGGGAGGCGGGGAAUGGGGUCUUCCGCCCCCUCCCCAGUGCCCAGAAGCCUCACCGAAAGCUGCAGUCGCAUCACUCCAUCAACAGCCAGAGCAGCAAGAAGAGCAAGGGCAGCUCCAAGUCAGCCUCUUCCCACAUCCCUAUUGAGGCGCAAGAAGACUGCUGCGUCCACUGCAUCCUCUCCUGCCUCUUCUGCGAGUUCCUGACCCUCUGCAACAUCGUGCUGGACUGUGCCACCUGCGGCUCCUGCACCUCCGAGGACUCCUGCAUCUGCUGCUGCUGCUGCAACUCGGGCGAGUGCGCAGACUGCGACCUGCCCUGCGACAUGGACUGCGGCAUCAUCGACGCCUGCUGCGAGUCGGCCGACUGCCUGGAGAUCUGCAUGGAGUGCUGCGGGCUCUGCUUCUCCUCCUGAGGGGCUGCGCUCGGUGGGGGGGACCAGGACU